AUUGUAGGCCACUCAGCUAGGUCAGGUUAGUUGGUGGGUGCUGCUGCCUAGAUUUUCCUUCUUUGCUCCGUGACCAGAAAAACAUGUCAGGUAACGUUUUCUCAACAUACUAGGGAGUGAUUGGUUGGGGCAAAUAACUGAGCAGUCGCAGUUUUUCGAUCCACCUCAUCAACAUUGCGUCGAACAUUUAGGUCUACUUUCAGCCUCAAAUGAUUACAUCUAUAAAACCCAUGUAAAUCAUGUAUUAUCUUGCAUUUCUUGGAUACUGUACCUAGCGCAGACCGUGAAACGUUUGUAACCUUUUUAGAAAGUGCAGGUGGCGUUUCAAACGCGACCGAAGCUGCCUUCACUCUGGUCUUAUAACAACAGUUUAUGAUUUAGUGGGUAAAAAGGUACAAGUUUACGAGGCAACUACCAACAACGGAUUACAAAUGAUUGUUAUUUUGUUUUUCAAUUUGCUUCUUGUCCUGUGUGCUACAGGUAACCCAGACACAGAGUGUGAUGCAUCCGAAAUGGGAAAGCUAACGUGCAAAUUUUCCACAAAUAUCCACUCUACACAGACGGAUUUUUCCGUUUAUUUUCAUUCCGAUAAAGGUCAUGAAGAGCUGGUGGUUGACUGUGUGUGGGUGGAUGACGAGCUUCAGUGCCUUACCCAGGAAGGCUUUGAGUGCAAGCAGCCGGUUUCGCAAAUUGCUGAAAUAAGUCUGCCAACACGAUUCGUAAACAGAUCCGGGACAUACAAGUGUAUUGCAGGCUCUGGACAUGGAAACGUCCAAUCGUGUCAAGUUGGUAAAAGGCAUCAAGAAAGCCAACAAGAAAAGGAACAGGAAUUUAUAGAACCUGAGAACAGCAACUAUCUUGAUGACAAAUGGAAGAGUUCUCUAGUUCCUUUGUAUGCCACCAUUGGAUCUGCUUUGGGAGUGAUGGCAGUUGCCGUAAUCAUUUCGGUUCUGCUUGUGAGGCGUAAGAUACAAAGAACAAAGAGGGAACUUCAAAUGAAAUAUUCAAGCCAAGAGGAAUGUGAAUCGAUGAUUCCUGAACAGCAUUGAUAUUCUUCAAAAAAAUGAAAUAGUCUUCCAUCACUAAAGAUUCCUAAAAAUGUUAAACUUUACAAAACCAUUUAAAAAACUGCUAGAAGUUUCAGCUGUGAAACCUAAAUUAUUAUUCAUUCCUCCACUGCUGCCAAAGUAAGCAAGUGUGUAGGCAUUCAUUCAUUUCAUUACUAAAUUGGAACAGCUGAAUCAGUCGUAGGAAAGAUCUGAUGGAGCGCAGCAGAGGAGAGAACUCACGCUAGCAAGGCGAGUCUUAUUGAUGUUACCUCACAUUCUCAACUACUCAACUACUCCUCUGUGUGUAAGGUAUGGAUAAUCAUGAAGAAACCUAAAAAGUGAAGGAACAAAAGUUCGUGGUUCACUUUCAUCACCACUCACAUGUUUGAAAGAUCGACAGUGCCUCAUUGAUUCUCGAUAGGAUCUUAUGAAGAUGACAGACAUUGAUGCAUUGGAUGAAGUUUGUGUGUAUGUGUGAGAGAGAGAGUAUGUCGCUAUAUGGAUUUGUAUUUUUAUGUAUAUAUUUAUAUACACAAUAUUAUCUAAUGUUCAUGUGUAUACAUUCUUAUAAGAGCAACAGAAAAAUGUUUGUCUUGUAUUAUGGCUGUUACAAAAAGUAAAAACAUAUUGAUUGAUUCA